GGAGCAUUUUGAGAAUAGAGUGUGAAGAAAAUUAUAAUUUUUCUAAUUAGAUUUGCUUUAUUACUGAAUGUUGUUACACUAAAAUUAAUAGCGGCGAAUUUCUUAUAAUGGAAGACAUAGGUAGUUUUUUUUUAAUUAUGAACUUAAUUGGAAAAUAAAUUCCUGAUGUCUCGUGAUUUAUAUGGAUUUCCAUGAGAUAUGUAACUGAAUGUCUUGAACAUAUAACAUAUAACAGAAAGUUGAAAUGUUCAAAAUAGGAGGAAAUAAACCCAUUCUAAUUGUUUUCGAUUUGGAUUUCACCCUUUGGCCAUUUUGGGUAGAUACCCAUUAUUCUCCCCCAUUUGAAAAAAGACCUGAUGGAACUGUUGUUGACAAAGAAGGGAAAACUAUAAAGCCAUUUCCUCAGUCUACAGUUGUCUUGAAAAGUCUUAUUGAUAAUGGAAUUCAAUUAGGUGUAGCCUCUAGGACAAGUGAAAUACAAGGCGCUAAACAGCUUAUUGAUUUUUUUGAUUGGAGUCAAUAUUUCUCAUUCGUUGAGAUAUUUCCGGGAUGCAAAACAACCCAUUUCGAAAGGAUAAGGGAUCAAAGUGGAGUUGCAUAUAAGGACAUGCUCUUCUUUGAUGAUGAGGGGAGAAAUAUCAAGGAUGUGGAAAAAAUGGGUGUCGUUUCUCAUUUGGUUAAAAAUGGAAUGAAUAAGGAUGUUGUUCUAAAAGGUAUAAAAAAAUUCAACAGUGCUAACUGAAUUCUGUUAAGGCUGUAAUAUGCAACAGGAGGAAUUUAUUUUUAUUGAAUUUUUGCCAUUCUACAUUCCUUAUGAAUAUACUUCGAGACAAUUUUAGCAUAUGUCAUAUAUUUUUAUCAAUGUUAGGGUUAUGUGAUUUAGUUUUAAAUGUUGAAAUAAAGUAAUAAAUAAGUUAUAUGAUUUUA